AAAAUAACAAAAAAAAAAAAAAAAAUACGUCAUCUAAGUACCAGAACCCAUCACGCCGAGGUGGCAACACUGAACCUUCCACCCUCCCACCUUCGCAAUAACAACUUAAAACUGACCUUCCGAACUUCAUCACUCUUUCAUGCUCCAUCACUCAGCGCCUCCCCACCUUACCACAGUCUCCACAAGGCGACACGCGACGGGAGAAGCCUUGGAGGGGUUGGAGCCGUGACGAGAGGCGAGGCGGAGGGGUUAGCAGGGUCAGUGUUUAUCUAGUGGCCGGGAGAGGAGGAUGUAACGCUGACGGUUCUGAGGGCACACUUCAACUUAGGGACGUGUUGCGGUACUGACGUGUAUGGUGGUGCAAAAUAUCGUUGUCCAGCCAUACUAGAGAGCUUUUCAGUCAUCUGAAUGUCACAAGAGACUAGCGUUACUGCAUUAAUGAGACACUAGGUCGUCAGCGGGCAACACUCAGGCAGUGGAGGUCAGGUACAGCAGGUCCCCAGUGCAACAUUAACGCAAAGGAGGAUGGCGGGAGGCUGGGGCGCCGCGGGAUUUUUGCUUCUCUCUUUCUGGGUGUUUGAGUCGUCAGGGCAAAACGUGACGUCGCAAAUGGUGGUGGAUUACGUUCAGUUCUACAAACACCGUGAUGUAUACGUGCUGGAACCAGGAGACGAGGGUGGAGAGACAUGGGCUACCGACACUUUCCUCUCCCUAACCAGCCUCGGGGACACCUUCGUGGGCGUGGUGCCGCUGGCCAGUCCCCCGGCGACCCCAGGCUGGCCGCGGCACGCCAUUGACCCCCUCAUGGUGGCGCUGCUGCCCUCGCCCCGCCACGCCGUCAUUCUCGGCCGCAUGUUCCCGCUGGCGCCCCGUCGCUGCUCUUGGCUCCUGCUGCUGCCUGACCCUGACAUCACCACCUGGCUCCUCCCGCUCACUCUUCCCCUCGACACCAGGGUAACAGUGGCCACGCUUCCCCCUGAGGACUCCACUACCCCGCUGUGGCAUGUGUACCAGGUGACACCCGCCAUGGAGAAGAGAACGCUGCCUGCAGGUCGCUGGAUUCCGCCCACGCUCCUAGAUGACUCACACUUGGAUGCGUUCAGGAAGGAGGUGCCGGCCACGGAGAGAGUGGAGGAGAGGCGGGUGACCUACGGCCGCAUGGUGGCGGUGGUGGGUGACCCGCUGCUGCGCCGGACUGACCUGACUGGCCUGCGCCUCGCCUGCACCACUGUGAACGAGUCCCCGCACACCAUCCUCACUACCCACAGCAACGGUACGUUCUCCGUUACCGGCAUAUUCGGGGGCGUUGUCUCCAGCCUUCAGGAGAUCACGAACUUCACGUGCUCGUGCCGGCCCUCGCGUGACGGGCAGUGGGGCAGCCUGAAGGACGGGCGCUGGACGGGCAUGGUGGGGGACGUGGUGGACGGCGUGGCGGAUAUGGCUGUGGCUUCGCUGGAUAUCACACCAGAACGCAGCGUGGCGGUAGACUUCCUGCUCCCGAUCUCUCACACUAGGUACAAAAUGGUGGUGAAGCGGCCCUCCAACAGCGACCUGAUGUGGGGCACGUACAUCAAGGAGUUUAGCGGGCAUGUGUGGGCAGUCCUGGGCAGCACGGCGGUGGCUCUCAUGCUUGCCAUGCACGGCACCACGGCCAUCAUGGAGCAGGGCACGGAGCGACUGUCCCUUCUAGAAAGCUUCAGUGUUGUCAUGGGCGCCCUCUGUGGCCAGGGAUGCAGCACUCCGCCGCGCACGGCCCCCGCCAGGCUGGUGCUGCUGACCACGCUGGUGCUGCACGUGGUGGUCCAGGCACACUACACCAGCAACCUGGCCUCCUCCCUGGCGGUGGGGCCCCUCAUGCCAUCCUUCUCCACCAUCCGGGGCGUCCUUGCCGAGCCGGGACUCUCCUUCGGCCUGAUGCGAGAGACGGCGAUGGUGGAGUACCUCAAGAGCUCCAGUGACCAGUAUCACCAAGCUGCCUACAGUAAGCUGAUGGCCAGGGACAGCCUCAUGGUGGGCACAUCAGCAGAGGGUGUAUCCAAGACUCUUCAGGAGAAAUAUGUCUACAUGGACACUGAUCUCUUUAUUUACUCUAACAUUGACUGCCGCCACUAUGUCCUGCCAGGCUCAGAAUUCAGGGCCUUCACAUCCAUUGCAUUCAAGAAAGGCUCUCCACUCGUCCCCAUCCUGAAUAGCAUACUACUGAAGAUGAAGGGUGGUGGCUUGAUAAAGAAGAUCCAGAUGUCCUGGGUGCCACGGCCUGAGAAGUGUGACCAAAACACCACCUCACCCAUUCGUCUGGCUGCCAUCACUGCACCCCUUGUGGGACUCCUGCUUGCCAUAAUACUCUCUCUCUGUUGCUGCUCCCUUGAACACUCCAUCAUCCCUAAGGUCUCCCAAAGGUCACAUGGCCCAAUGUCCACUUUGGGUUGUAGGGACACUGCCAAGCCACCUAAAACAGGGCAUGGAAACUCGAGGACAUGGCAGGAAGUUGUGAAAAAUUACUUAAAUCUUCCGAAAAGAGGUGGCCUUGAGAGGGAAACUGUGAUGCCUUCAAAUCGUAUUUUGAAAUAUGUACUGAGGAAUUAAGGGUUACGUGAUGGGAGGGGAGCAGCCAAGGAAGAACAUCACAGCAGGAGACUUGAAGUACACAGCUCUUCACCAGUUGAGUCAUUUUGAGCACCUUGACUUGUGAGGUGUUGACUCACCUCUGCC